AUGAGUGGAGGCGGCAGCAGUUCAUCCUCCUCGCCCACGAAGCCACGCCACCAACACCUACCACCGCCGCUCAAGACGCCUUCGAGCCUCACACCGCAUAAUGGCGGCUCGACACCCUCCAAAACGCAGUACUCCCCUCCCCUCCUCCUCACCGUCCGCUUCUCGACCUCAAUCCCCGACCUGCUCCUGGAUAUCCCACGCCCGAGCCGGACCACGGUCGCGGCGCUGAAGCACCUCAUCCGCACACGCCUCGAGCAGCCCAACUCCCAGCGCCGCCUGCGCUUCAUCCACGGCGGCAAGAUCCUCCCGGACAACGCGGUCCUCGGCGCCGUGCUGAAGGUGCUCCCGCCGCCACCAUCGGCAGCGAACACAUCCUCCUCCUCCGCCGCCAACAGCGAGCAUGACCCAAAGGGCAAGGGCAAGGCGGUGGAGGGCAGCAGCCACCACGCGCAGAGGGUCUACGUAAACUGCAGCAUCGGCGACCUGCUCACGGACGCGGAGCUCGAACAGGAGAGGAAGAAGGCCGAAGAGCCCGUGCCAGAGCAGGCGCCCGCCUCGGGGCUGUCGUCACCAUACCCACCGAGCCAUUCGCCGCUGCCGGGCGGGAACGGAGGGGCGGGCGCAGGGCAGGAGCGGACGCCCCGCGGCUUCGACAGGCUGCUCUCGGCGGGCUUCACCGCGGCCGAGGUGAACCAGCUGCGGCUGCAGUUCCGCUCGAUCCAGGCGGCGCGCCACACGGCGGACACGCUGCCGAGCCCGGACACGCUGCGCGGCAUGGAGGACGCGUGGAUCGACAACAACAACGACGCGGGCGCGGGGCCCGCCGCGGUGCCCACUGCUGGCGGCGACGAGGGCGAGGGCGUCGCCGCCGCCGGCGGGGAGGAGUUUGGCGUCGCGGGCGUGCUGGACCUGCUGCUCAAGGGCAUGUUCAUCGGGUUCGUGUGGCCGCUCGGGGCCAUCGGGUGGCUGGUCCGGGACGAGGAGAAGAUCCCCAAGCGCAUGCGGGUCUUUGUCUACUUUGGCUUCGUGCUGAGUCUGCUCAUUGGCACGAUCCGGGCUAUUGGGUGA